AUGAUAUCUGAAGUUGUGCUUGAUACCGACGGGUUUUAUAAUAAGCUGAGAAAAGUGAACAUCAGUAAAGCUUAUGGUUGUGAAGGUAUAACACCAAAGGAAAUGGAAAUCGUUGCCAAGGAGAUCUGCUGCAGUAUUGCUCACAAAGGCAAAAUGAGCUACGAUGAAGGAAAAUAUCCAACUCAAUGGAAAAUUGGUAAAUUCAAACUCUUGCACAAGGGAAGUGAUAGCGGGGAGUGUGGUAACUACAGACCCCUGACUGUGUUGAGCAUCCCAGUUAAAAUCAAUGAGUCUAUCAUUUGUGAUACAAACGACCCUUAUUUAAAUGAGGUGCUGCAGAAAAACCAUUGGGGAUACAGAAAGGGUCAGUCAUCAGAGUCACUCCUUCUGUUCCUGACGGAAUCUUGGAAACGACCAAUAGAUGAAGGGAAAGUUGUAGGAGCAAUUUUGAUUGAUUUUAAAAGGCUUUCGACUCUGUAA